CUGCCUUGGGCGUGGUGGUCUGAAAAGGGAAUAUGCUAACUGCUACUUACCUUAAGUAGGUAAGUAAGCUCCCGCCUCGUCUCGCCUUUCCGUCUUUGAGAGUCAGCAGCUAGGCCUUCUCGGCUCGCCCUUCCCUUCCCUCACGACCAUUUAAACUACUUUCAGCUCGUUUUCCAGAUGCGUCUCCAUGGCUGUCGAUAACUGUGAGACGUCCCGCGCGGUUGAUUGCAAAGCAAAGCCACGGACCUCAACCACCAGAAACCAUUUGCCAAUCGAAUCUUGCAACACCCAGCAAAUAUUAUUUCUCAUAACCGUCCAGAAACAGCCUUAAGAAUCUAUCAAAAUGGCCGCUGCAAUUAAGAGUGUCGCCGUCGUCGUCACAUCGACACGUGGAGUCCGCGUCGGACCCAACGUCGCAUCUCUCAUCUCAAAAGUCCUCGAGCCCUCGGCAAAGGCCGCGGACAUCAACCUCAAGACGGUCGACCUCAAGUCCUUCAACCUGCCCGUCUUCAGCGAGGCCGCAAUCCCAAAGAUGGUGGCGCCGGGCGGGGCGCAGUUCGAACAGGAGACCUCCAAGGUGUGGGCCGACGAGAUGAACUCCCACGACGGCUACGUCUUCGUCCUGAACGAGUACAACUACGGCAUGUCGGGCGCCGCCAAGAACGCCAUCGACUACCUCAUGAACGGCUUCACGGGCAAGCCGACCAUGCUGGUCAGCUACGGCGUGGAGGGCGGCAUCCUCGCCAACGACCAGGCCAAGGGCGUCCUGUCCGCGAUGGGCCUGACCGUCGUCGAGCCGCGCCCCAAGCUGGCCUUCUUCGGCGGCCGUGGCCCCGAGGGCAUGCUGGCCGUGCUCGAGGGCAAGAUCGGGGACGACACGAGGAAGGACUGGAGCGAAGGCCACAGGGACGAGAUACUGGAGGCGUUUGAGAAGCUGGGCGAGCAGCUGAGGGUUCCCAAGCCCGAGGGUGACCAGCUGCCCCCCAGCAAGAACUAGUAGUGCCCGGGUGGCUGUCGACGUCCAUCACGUUGAAUUUCACAGGUGGCAGAGCAUUGAG